GCUUACUUUCUGAGGAAGCAUGUUUGGGAUCGGGAUCGUCUAUUCCACUCGGCCCGCCUGAGACAUCAGCUCCACACAGCUCAUCGACAUCGCCCUUCAGCUUGGAACUCGCCGGGCGCUUACGUCACGAGAGUGUGGGGGAAGGACUGGGGACACGCCUCGCUCGGUUCCGAGGCGGUCACGUGAUGCCCUCUCGCGGGCCGUGUCAGCUGAUCCCUGCUGAGCUGUGUGGCGGCGAUGGAGUUUCUUCUGGGCAAUCCUUUCAGCUCUCCCGUGGGGCAGCGUAUCGAGAAAGCUACCAAUGGCUCCCUACGGAAUGAAGACUGGGCCCUCAACAUGGAAAUCUGUGAUAUCAUUAAUGAGACGGAAGAAGGGCCCAAAGAUGCCUUCCGUGCAAUAAAGAAAAGGAUUGUAGGGAAUAAGAACUUCCAUGAGGUGAUGCUGGCUUUGACAGUUCUUGAAACGUGUGUCAAAAACUGUGGCCACCGCUUCCAUAUGCUGGUUGCUAGUCAGGACUUUGUAGAAGGUGUGCUGGUGCGGACCAUCCUUCCCAAAAACAAUCCCCCAACCAUUGUACAUGACAAGGUCCUGACCCUUAUACAGUCCUGGGCAGAUGCAUUCCGUAGUACACCGGACCUGACGGGAGUUGUAGCUGUUUAUGAGGACCUAAGGAGGAAAGGCCUGGAGUUUCCCAUGACUGAUCUGGAUAUGCUGUCACCCAUCCAUACACCUCAGAGGACUGUAUAUACCUCAGGUUCCCCUUUAGGAGUGAAUUCACCAGCAGCAGACUCCCCUGAAUCGAUAGAGUCUAUUCUGCAUCCUGUGUCUCCACCUGGAGCUCCAGCAACCCCCACUGAUGCCCCCAUCACACCUACACCAGAGCAGAUUGGGAAACUACACAGUGAAUUGAAAGUGGUGAAUGGGAAUGUGAAGGUGAUGUCCGAGAUGCUCACAGAGCUAGUUCCAGGACAAGCUGAAGCCUCUGACCUUGAACUGCUCCAGGAACUGAACCGGACAUGUAAAUCAAUGCAGCAGCGUGUGCUGGAGCUGAUUCCACGUAUCCUCAAUGAACAUCUAACAGAGGAGCUGCUCAUUGUCAAUGACAACCUCAACAACAUUUUCCUGCGCCAUGAACGGUUCGAAAGGCUCCGAUCCGGCCAGCCUGCUAAGCAAUUAAACAAUGCAGAAGAUGCAAGCAAUUUGAUUGAUGUGGGACCUAAUGCUACCCCAGCAGAAAAAAAGCCUGAAGCUGCCAACACACUCUCGUCUCAGCUUGCAGAAAUGAAUCUGGGUUCUGGUAGCGUCAGUGCAGGGCUACAGUCCCUCGGCAAUUCUGGCAAACUGGAGGAAGAGUUUGACAUGUUUGCACUGACCCGUGGCAGUUCCUUGGCCGAGCAACGCAAAGAUGUAAAGUAUGAAGACCCUCUGGCCACGAGAGGACUAGCUGGAGCCUUGGAUGCCAGGCAGCAGAAUACAGGAGCGCUGGAGACAGGUGCUUCCACUGAUGGAGCCCCGAUCACAAACUGGAUGAUGCGCCAAGGAAUGAUUCCUGUCCCCCAGGCCGCCAUCAUGGAGGAUAUUGAGCAGUGGCUCUCUGCUGUAGGACAUGAGACGGUAGAUCCAAAGGGCGUCACCAGUGAAGAAUUUGACAAGUUCCUGGAAGAGCGAGCAAAAGUGGCGGAACAGCUGCCUACACUUCCCAGUCCCACAACUGGGGCUCCUUCCACCACCACCAGCAGUGCUGGCCCCCACCAGAAAAAGGAAAAAGAAGAGGAUGGGAUGUUUGCUUUAUGAGCCCUACUAGUGGACUGGUGUGCUGCGGUUGCAAGAGGACCUGUGUGCUGCACUGCGCUCCUCUUUCUUGGGGUGGGAGAGGAGGGAAGCAAAGGGGGAGUGGGUAGGGGAAGAGACCCUCUCUCCUCUUUCCUCCCUUCCUGCCUCCUUUUCUAGGCUGCUUUGAGGUUAGGUUAAUCAUUUGCUGCAUUUGAGGUCACAAGAGAGAAGCAAGAGGCAGGAAGUGUUUCACAGAGCUGCCAAAUGUGUCACCAUAUAGGUUGACAGGCUUGAGUUUUCUCCUUUGUGGGCUGGGCAAACCAAAAUGCAUUCUCCACUGUUUCACUGUUUUUUCCCCAAUGAAGAGACUGUAAAAGGACAUGCUGAAAAUCGGUAGUGGGAUUUCUAUUUUCUUAUCAGUCCUGCAGGCACCUGCAUUGAGUUGUAAAACUAGGCAGCUCCCCUCUCAUCUCAUCUACAUCUUUCCCAUACGUCACCCUUCCUUGGUCGAACAUGAAUUAAGGACACAAUUUGUAAUGACGAGAGCGCUGUGGGGAGAAGGGUAAUAACACCAGCAGGCCUCUCUUACAACCCUCCCUGUAGUGUAAAGGACUGCUCUGAGAACACUCGAGUUCACUGUAGUCAGCCCAAGUACCAGUCUCAUGAAGGACACAGGGAAGGGGGUAUAUGAAUUAUUAGCUACACCAAAUUCUUCCAAAAUUGCUUCUUCCUAUCUCCAAAGCUGAAACAUCCAGGAGGCAGCCUCACUUCCAAAAUAAAUUCAUAUGACCCCAUUUUUCAAGAUAUCUCUUUCCCCACUAUGAUCUUCCCCUAGAGCUCCUCCCCACAACCUCACCCUCUUUGUCAUGGGGGCUGGACUCUUUUUAUGCAUUAGCAGAGAACACUUUGAGGAAACAGCAUUUACUGUAAGUUGGCGAGGAACUUGUUGGGGUGAAAUGCUGAACUAUUCCAUGUAACUGGGAGACUUGCCUUUUAUAUUCUGUAUUAAAGAAAAUAUUUGACUUCA